AAGUCUUCUUAAUUUCAUAAACGUUUACUCAACAAUUAUGAAUCUUCUUGUACUCUGGACGAUCAUCGUGCUGGGGCUGGGCCCCCUCGCCGACAGUACCGGGGACGCGGGGCUCCGGGGGCUCCCGGAGAAGGAGACCCGCUGUGCCGCCCUGGUGCAGGCCGCCUUGAGGGAGUACCGAAAUCUUUACGCGGCGGGACUCCAUGAUUCACCGCAUGUGAUGGAUCUGAUAUUAGCAAGACUGGGAAUCGCUCCGAACGACACAGUUAAGACAGUAGAAAGGAAGGUCUUUGAUAGUACCGAUGAAAUGGGACAUGAAACCGGAAAAAAGACAGUUGUUGAGAAGACGACGGAGUCUGACGUAGCACCCAACGGAACUGUAACAAAAACUUCGGAAACCACGGUCGAUAUAGAUGAGGACGGUAAACAAAGUGGUGAAAAAUCUGUGACCGAAAGUGAAACCAUGACGGGCCAGACUCCAGAUAAUGGGACCAUAGCACGAACAGUGGACGUUAAAAAGGUAUUGGACGAAGAGGGCAACGAAGUAAAGGAGGAAGUUGUUAUUAAGAAGGAAUUGAUAGUACAACCUCCCACCAAUACGACUGAGGAAAAGCCCCAGGACAAUGAAGACGCAAAUCUUAUCAGUCCAAAAUUAGGGGCGGACGACAAAGGUGAAAACAAAACCGAAUUAAAACAUGAUGCCUCAGGAAAGAGCGACGGACCUCAGAAAGCAGAACUUACAGAGAAAAUAAAGGAUAUUCUGCCCGGCAAUAUAACGAAUGAAGUGUUAGUUAAAGAGAAGAAAGAACAGCUUUCUCCACAGGAAAGCACUAUUGUGACGUCUGUGGAAAGGAAGAAUGUUACAGAGAAAGAUGAUGGACUUGAGAAAGUAGAACGAUCAGAGGAAAUAAAGGAAAUUCUGCCCGGCAAUAUGACGAAUGAAGUGUUAGUUAAAGAGAAGAAAGAACAGCUUUCUCCACAGGAAAGCACUAUUGUGACGUCUGUGGAAAGGAAGAAUGUUACAGAGAAGGAUGAUGGACUUGAGAAAGUAGAACGAACAGAGGAAAUAAAGGAAAUUCUGCCCGGCAAUAUAACGAAUGAAGUGUUAGUUAAAGAGAAGAAAGAACAGCUUUCUCCACAGGAAAGCACCAAGGUGACAUCUGUGGAAAGGAAGAAUGUUACAGAGAAGGAUGAUGGAAAAGAUGUCGAGAAAGAAACUGUAAUUCAAAAAGAAGUCGAAAAGAAUGCGUGUUAUAGCGACAUCAAAGAGGUUCGUAACGAAAAACAUCUUAAUGAAACAAUUGAAGACUUGAAACACGAAGUGGACGACGUGAAAAACAAGAUUAAGGAAGAAAAAGAAAAGGCUGAAGAAACAAAUGCUACGCGUAGCCCAUGCGUCGUAAAAGAACCAAGUGCUGCCCCUGUCAUUCAAGAAGGUAACGUCGUUGAAAAGAUAGUCCCUGCUGUGACGCCGGCGAAGGUUGCCGAAAAGAUUCAUCCUACGGUGACGGAAGGGAAAGUCCCCGUUGAGACAAUAGAGAAGGUUGUUGAGCAGGCUGCCCCUCCGGUGACAGAGGAGAUCGUAAGCGUCUCUAAGGAACAAGAAGAAGUCCCUGUUGUGGCAGAAGAGAAGAAGGUUGUUGAAAAGAUUCAUCCUACGGUGACAGAAGGAAAAGUACCGGUAGUCCCUCAACAGGAGGUUGUUGAAAAAGUUGCCCCAUCGCCGACAGAAGAAAAAGUUCCUGUUGUGACACAAGAAAGGGUUAUUGAAAAGGUUGCCCCACAAGAAAGGGUUAUUGAACAGUCUGCCCCUCUGGUGACAGAAGAGAUUGUCACUGUUCCUAAAGGGAACGAAGAAGGCCCUGUUGUUGUAAUAGAGGAAAAGGUUCCCGUCGUGACAAAUCAGACAGUUGAAAAGAUUCAUCCUACGGCGACAGAAGAGAUUGUCACUGUUUCUAAAGGGAACGAAGAAGGCCCUGUUGUUGUAACAGAGGAAAAGGUUCCCGUCGUGACAAAUCAGACAGUUGUAGAAAAGAUUACUCCUUCCGUAACAGAAGAAAGAGUUGUCAGUCAACGGAAGGUUGUUGAGAAGGGUGCCCCCUCUGUCAACGAAAGCGUAGUUUCCAUUCCAAAGAGGGAGGAAGGAGUAGUUGAAAGAAUUGCUCCUGUUGUAAAGAAAGCAAUUACAACAGAGUAGUGAUACCAGGUUGCUGUUUCUCUUAUCUAUUUCAU